GCCGGUAGUGAAGUUGGAGAUGAUGUUCGAUAAGGACACUGGAAGAUCAAAGGGAUAUGCGUUUGUGGAGUACAUGGAUGUUGAAACGGCCUCAUCCGCUGUGAGAAAUUUGAACAACUACGCCAUCGGCAAUAGACAGUUGAAAUGUGACUACAGUCGUGAGAAUACCUUGGGUAACUCAGGAGCUAAGAAUAAGCUGGAGGAUAGCCUGCCUCCUUUGCCUUCAGGAGCGACACUGCAACCGGGCCAGUCAUAUACCGACGCCAUAUCAAUGGUGAUCAACUCCCUGGACAAGUCAAGGGUGGAGCAGAUAGUGAAAGAUGCAAAGGCAAUGUCCAUUAGAAACCCAGUGCUGAUGGAGAACCUACUAUCACAGUGUCCACAGCUGAGCUAUGCCAUUGUGGAGGCGCUAUUCCAAACACAGAAAGUAGACCCUAAUACGGUCGCCAGCAUCCUGUUGAACAACGCUACUAGUCAACAGGAAUCAAGUGCACAACCUCAGCAGGGCGCUCAACAAUCAGAAGCUGGUGAAGAGGAGGAGGAGCUGAGCACUGAGCAGAGAGAAUUGAUCAAGCAAGUACUCGAGAUCCCCGAUGAGGACCUGAACGCACUUCCUGAAGAGCAGAGAGAGUCCAUUCUGCAGAUCAAAGAGACUUAUAAAAACUACGCUAAUUUAUAAUCAACUGAAUAUACUCGUGAUCCUUGAGAGGGUUCAUCCCAUUAUCGUCUACCGAAU